AAUACCCAGUAUGAAAAAUGUUAUCUUUAAAAAUAUCAUCGGAGAAUAGUAGAGAGUGUAUAUUUGCAACACUUAACCACAAGGGGCCCACCUUUACGCUCUUGUCUCUCUAUAAAUGCCACCAACGGCGAGACCUCAUUUCCUCACUUCUCACAUCCUCCUCCUCUUCUUCGUCUAUAUCUUUCCUCCUCCACUCUCCCUCUAUCCUUAAUUUUAUUAUUUUUAUCUUUAAAUUAUCUCUACUCUAAAUAAUUAAUUCCAUAAAGUAGAUAUAUAUAUUUAUUUUUGAAAUUAAUAAUUAAAAAAAUCAGCGCAAUCAUGCUUUCCAGGGACACUAGCCGUACCGUCGUCGGUAUCAUCGGUAACGUGAUUGCGAUCAUCCUCUUCUUGUCACCCAUGCCAACAUUCGUGACGAUAUGGAAGAAGAAGUCGGUGGAGCAGUUCUCGGCGGUGCCGUACCUGGCGACGUUCGUGAACUGCGCGCUGUGGGUGCUGUACGGGCUGCCGAUGGUGCACCCCCACAGCCAGCUGGUGGUGACCACCAACGGCGUCGGCCUGGCCAUCGAGACCGUCUACCUCCUCCUCUUCCUCGCCUUCUCCGACUCCAAGAAGCGCCUCAGGCUGCUCCUCAUCAUCGCCGCCGAGGUCGUCUUCGUCGCCGCCCUCUCCGCCCUCGUCCUCACCCUGGCCCACAACUGGAAGCUCCGGUCCGCCAUUGUUGGCAGCAUCUGCAUGGCUGGUAACAUCAUGAUGUACGCUUCCCCCUUGGCCGUCAUGAAAUUGGUGAUCACGACAAAGAGCGUGGAGUACAUGCCAUUUUUCCUUUCCCUCUUCUCCUUCCUCAACGCCAUUAGCUGGACUUCCUACGCCUUCAUCCGCAUUGACCCUUACAUUCUGGCACCAAAUGGAAUGGGGGCAGUGCUUGGGCUGGCCCAGUUGAUCCUGUAUGCCAUGUUCUACAAGUCUACAAAGAGGAUAAUCGCAGCUCGAGAGGCGGCCAAAGGAGAAGUUGGGCUGACCCAAAAGGGAGCCUCUGCAGACACCACCAAAGCAAUCCCAUAAUGAGCCUUUGAAGUGUUCGGCCCAUAUGUUUACUUAUUUCUAUUUUCGUUUUGCCGCCAUUGUGGUAGUAAGAACUAAGAAGGCAUUAUAUCUUUUUAAAAUGAAAUGAAAAAUUGCAGGCAGGUAAGGAACUGUCUAUUCCUUUCUCUCAUUUUAUCUAAAAAAAAGACAUGGUAUAAUGUCCCUUACCAUGCCUACAACUUUCUCUCUACUUUUACACAAAUGCGCAGACAAUAAUAAUAAUAGGCAUAGACAAUGAAUAGUACAAUUGUCU